UCAAAGGCUCGAAGCUUGGAAAGGCGGCCGCGGACGUCUGGGUGGUUCGCGCUGGGAACCUGCAGGCAGGACUGGCGUGAGAACUCGGCUGGCCCGCGGUGUAUAACGUCUCCGCCACAAUGGUCCGGUUCCUCUUGGUUUUCUUCCCAAUAAUCUUUUUGGAGAUGUCCAUUUUGCCCAGAAUUCCCAAUAGAAAAGUAUUGCUGGCGGGUGCUUCGUCUCAGCGCUCUGUGGCCAGGAUGGACGGAGAUGUCAUUAUUGGAGCUCUUUUCUCAGUCCAUCACCAACCUCCAGCGGAGAAGGUACCCGAAAGGAAGUGUGGGGAGAUCAGAGAACAGUAUGGUAUCCAGAGGGUGGAGGCCAUGUUCCACACAUUGGAUAAGAUCAAUGCGGACCCAGUGCUCCUGCCCAACAUCACCCUGGGCAGUGAGAUCCGGGACUCCUGCUGGCACUCGUCCGUGGCUCUGGAACAGAGCAUCGAGUUCAUCAGGGACUCUCUGAUUUCCAUCCGAGAUGAGAAGGAUGGGCUGAACCGCUGCUUGCCAGAUGGCCAGACCCUCCCCCCAGGCAGGACUAAGAAGCCUAUAGCUGGAGUGAUCGGUCCUGGCUCCAGCUCUGUGGCCAUUCAAGUCCAGAAUCUUCUGCAGCUGUUUGACAUCCCACAGAUCGCCUAUUCUGCCACGAGCAUAGACCUGAGUGACAAAACUUUGUACAAAUACUUCCUGAGGGUGGUCCCUUCUGACACUUUGCAGGCAAGGGCCAUGCUUGACAUAGUCAAGCGUUACAAUUGGACGUAUGUCUCCGCAGUCCACACGGAAGGGAAUUACGGCGAGAGUGGAAUGGACGCUUUCAAAGAGCUGGCUGCCCAGGAGGGUCUCUGCAUCGCACACUCAGACAAAAUCUACAGCAAUGCAGGAGAGAAGAGCUUUGACAGGCUCCUGCGCAAGCUCCGGGAGCGGCUUCCCAAGGCCAGAGUUGUGGUCUGCUUCUGCGAGGGCAUGACGGUGCGGGGCCUCCUGAGUGCCAUGCGACGCCUGGGUGUGGUGGGCGAGUUCUCUCUCAUUGGAAGACUGUCUUUCUUCCUGUUUCAUGGCCAUGCUGACGAUUCCGAAGUCCACUCUCACCAGCAUCUGGAAUUAGCAGCCCAGGACACUUCAUUGGCUUUGGAGAAACAGCUUCCCUCUGUUAUGUACAUUAGUGUGUUUACUCCUUUCAAUGCAGAGCACUAUCUAGAUAUCUGUGGCUGCCCAUUGACCUACGUAGCAAUUGAUCUUAUUGCCCACAAGAAAAGCAAUGCUAAGGAAAUGGUGAAAAAACGAGAGAGACUAGAGAGGUGCUGUAAUGUUAGUGACAUUGAAGCCAGGAUCAGAAUGAAACUUUCGCAACGACGCCAUUUUGUCAGCCAUCGGUACCCUCAGCAAGCUUUGUCAUGUGACUUUUCUACUUUCUCCACAGUCAUCUUGUUGCAGACUCUGCAAAACCUGUCACUGUUGGUCUGA